UUCCCAGACAACAGAACGAUAUCAAAGAGUUAACCACAUCCCUGAAAACAGUCGUUGCUGCUUCCAUCUGCCGCUCUGGUUUCUGUGGGCAUCCACCACAUUGGUCUCUCUUUCCUGUUUGACAGACUGCCUAAGGUGUUACCAGUUGAAUGAAUUUUCACCAUCUCCCAUAAUGAGGAAGAGAGACGCUGCCUUCUGCCUUCUGCUUUUGCCAGUUUUUAUGACUCAAGCAGUGUAUGGACAAAGAAAGAAAGCACCAAAGCCAAACACACUGGCAAAGAAAAAUGACUUCCGGGACACCGUUUGCUACAUAGACGUUGUCUUUAUCUUGGACAGCUCAGAAAGCUCUAAAAUUGUCCUCUUUGAUAAUCAGAAAGCUUUUGUGGACAGCUUGAGCGAGAGGCUUUUCCAGUUGACUCCUGGUCGUUCACUGAAAUACGACAUCAAACUGGCAGCCCUUCAGUUCAGCAGCUCCAUCCAGAUUGACCCACCCUUGUCUUCUUGGAAGGAUCUACGCACAUUUAAGCAGCGGGUCAAAUCUUUGAGUUUAAUUGGGCAAGGUACCUUCUCUUACUAUGCCAUUUCCAAUGCCACAAAGCUACUAAAGAGAGAAGGGCGUAAAGAUGGCGUAAAAGUGGCUUUGCUGAUGACUGACGGCAUUGAUCAUCCCAAGAGUCCAGAUGUCCAAAGCAUUUCUGAAGAUGCUAGAAUUUCAGGAAUAUCAUUUAUCACUGUGGGACUUUCCACUGUGGUCAAUGAAGCCAAACUUCGCUUGAUAUCUGGGGACACAUCCAGUGAACCGGUGCUACUACUGAGUGAUCCAACCCUUGUAGACAAAAUCCAGGAAUGCCUGGAUGUCUUAUUUGAAAGGAAGUGUGAACCCAAGAUCUGUGGAUGUGAGAAGGGCGACCCAGGCGACCCAGGGCCUCCUGGUACACAUGGAAACCCUGGUAUCAAAGGUGAGCGAGGACCAAAAGGAAAUCCGGGUGAUGCUCAGAAAGGAGAAACAGGAGAAAGAGGUCCUGGGGGAAUUCCUGGCUACAAGGGUGACAAGGGUGAACGAGGAGAAUGUGGUAAACCAGGAAUGAAAGGUGACAAAGGACUUCCGGGGCCUUACGGACCAAAGGGACCCAGAGGAAUUCAGGGCAUUGGUGGACCUCCAGGUGAUCCAGGCCCAAAGGGAUUUCAAGGAAAUAAGGGUGAGCCAGGUCCUCCUGGUCCUUAUGGUCCCCCAGGAGCCCCUGGUAUUGGACAGCAAGGUGUUAAGGGAGAAAGGGGCCAGGAAGGAAGAACAGGAGCCCCGGGACCGAUUGGAGUUGGUGAACCUGGACAGCCUGGUCCUCGGGGUCCUGAGGGAACACCAGGAGAGAGAGGCCCACCAGGAGAAGGGUUUCCAGGACCAAAGGGUGAAAAGGGUUCUGAAGGACCAAUUGGCCCACAAGGAUUGCAAGGCCUGUCAAUCAAAGGAGAUAAGGGGGAUUUGGGACCUGUGGGUCCCCAGGGACCAAUGGGUGUUCCUGGUAUCGGAAGUCCAGGAGAACAGGGGAUUCAAGGUCCAAUUGGUCCACCUGGUCCACAAGGACCCCCGGGACAAGGCUCACCUGGUUCCAAGGGAGAAAUAGGCCAGAUGGGACCCACAGGCCCUAGAGGACCAAUGGGAGUUGGAGUACAGGGUCCAAAGGGGGAGCCGGGUGCGGUGGGGCUCCCGGGACAACCUGGGGUCCCAGGAGAAGACGGAGCCUCUGGAAAGAAGGGAGAAGCUGGACUUCCAGGAACAAGGGGCCCAGAAGGAAUGCCUGGGAAAGGACAGCCAGGCCCCAAGGGCGAUGAAGGAAAGAAAGGGAGCAAAGGAAAUCAAGGACAGAGGGGGUUUCCAGGACCCGAGGGGCCAAAGGGAGAACCGGGCAUUAUGGGCCCGUUUGGAAUGCCCGGAAUAUCCGUUCCUGGACCAGCUGGGCCUAAGGGGGAUCGAGGAGGACCUGGGAUGCCUGGUCUUAAAGGAGAACCUGGACUUCCUGUUAGAGGACCAAAGGGUGCUCAGGGUCCUCGAGGACCAGUGGGUGCUCCCGGACUCAAAGGCGAUGGCUAUCCUGGCGUGGCUGGACCUCGAGGAAUGCCAGGACCCCCUGGACCAAUGGGUUUACGUGGUGUGGGAGACACUGGAGCAAAGGGAGAACAAGGGGUCAGAGGCCCUCCAGGUCCUUCUGGGCCUCGGGGCAUUGGAACCCAAGGGCCGAAGGGUGACACUGGGCAGAAAGGCCUGCCUGGCCCUCCUGGUCCCCCUGGUCAUGGAUCACAAGGAAUUAAAGGGGAGCAAGGACCUCAAGGUUUUCCAGGGCCAAAGGGUACAGUGGGCCAUGGCCUUCCUGGCCAGAAGGGAGAUCAUGGAGAACGAGGUGAUGUGGGAAAGAAAGGUGAAAAAGGAGAAAUUGGAGAACCCGGAUCACCAGGAAAACAGGGUUUACAAGGACCAAAAGGAGACCCGGGACUUACGAAAGAAGAAAUUAUCAAACUUAUUAUUGAAAUAUGUGGUUGUGGGCCCAAAUGCGAAGAGACUCCACUGGAGUUGGUGUUUGUGAUUGACAGUUCAGAAAGUGUGGGGCCAGAGAACUUUCAGAUCAUCCAAAAUUUUGUGAAGACCCUGGCUGACCGGGUAGCCCUGGACCUUGCCACAGCCCGGAUAGGCAUCAUCAACUACAGCCACAAGGUGGAGAGAGUGGCUGGCCUGAAACAGUUCUCCAGUAAGGAUGACUUCAAGCUGGAGGUGGACAACAUGCAAUACCUGGGGGAAGGCACCUACACGGCCAGUGCUCUUCAAACAGCCAACGAUAUGUUCAAAGAGGCAAGGCCAGGAGUAAAGAAGGUGGCCUUGGUGAUCACUGACGGACAGACAGAUUCCCGAGAUAAAAAGAAGCUGGCAGAGGUGGUGAAGGAUGCCAAGGACUCUGACGUGGAGAUAUUUGUGAUUGGGGUGGUGAAGAAAGAUGAUCCCAACUUUGAAAUUUUUCACCAGGAAAUGAAUCUCAUUGCAACCGACGCAGAACAUGUUUAUCAGUUCGAUGACUUCUUUACCCUGCAAGAUACUCUGAAGCAAAAAUUGUCUAAAAAAAUUUGUGAGGAUUUUGAUUCCUAUCUCAUUCAAGUAUUUGGAUCAUCAUCCCUUCAGUCUGGAUUUGGGUCGUCAGGCCAAGAGCUCGACACAUCCACCCCAAAGCCUACAGAAGAAGCUUCUGAGUCGUUUAAUGUCUCUAGAGGCCAGAAUGAAGAGAUUGAACCUUCAGUGUUGACUAAGGCUGGUAACUUGGCUGUCCCUACCCCACCUGAGACCACCACGUUCAGCAGCCCCGAGGGAACGGAAAUCAGAAAUCCCAAUUUGAUUUUACAGUCAGAAAAGUCUUUGUACAAAGACCCAAGAUGUGGGGAAGCCCUGAAACCCGGAAACUGUGGAGACUAUGUAGUUCGGUGGUAUUAUGACAAACAGGUCAACUCUUGUGCUCGCUUUUGGUUCAGCGGCUGCAACGGCUCCGGAAACAGAUUCCACAGUGAAAAGGAAUGCCAAGAAACCUGCAUUAAAUGAUGAACAAGGGCACUAACCUGCUUCAUGCAGCGGUUUAGAAAGAGCCCAACACAAACCGUGCACCACAUCAGUGCUUACACUAAGUAGUGAUAGUUCAUAAGUGUAUAGACUAUUCACAACCACCGCCUAUAAUGUAUAAAACAGGAUAUAAUGUUACUAACUGCUCACUCAGGGGAGAAGGCUAAGGCUCUCAUGAUGUUAGUGGCGUCUCAGCAGUCACCCAGCUGACGGGUGGAAGUACAAGGGAUCUGGACCCAGUGUAUGACUUUAGAACACAGGCUUUGUCUGCCUCACAGCCUUCAGCGUGGCCCGGAUUCCUGAUCAUUCUAUUCCACAUCUGAUGUCAGAUCAAACCCCACCCUGCCUGUACCCAGCUCUUACAGCUCCUUCAAGGCCCAGUCAGUGGAGAAGAAUUUGUGAUGGGAAAGACUUUGGUUGGGGUGUCGGAAGGGGUGAGAAGUUUACAUGUGAGUGCGGGGAUAGUGGCGGAGGACGGCGAGUGAGGACGGAGUGAAGAAAGAACCCCAAAGUGAUAGCAGAGAUCCUAUGGCAAACGGACACUUCCAUUCUGCCUUGGUAUCAAAGCCUUCUGUAUGCUUAAACUUUGUAAAAAUAAAUAAAUAAAUAAAUAAAUAAAUAAAUAAAUAAAUAAAGCAGGUUUUACAGGUUUCCUUUAAAAACAUGUGAUUGAGGCUCAAUUUUUAUGGUGAGGGAACGAGAAUUGGGCCGGCCAUUUUGUAUUGAUUUUUUUCCACCCAGUGUGAGAAGGCUGAACGUUCUAAGAUGGCAUCUUAACACAUCUACAAGGUGCUGUCUUCUCCCCAGCCUGCUAUUCUUAUUCAAGCCGGACACCAAAAUGCUCCAGACUAAGGAAAUGGACAAAUAGCCACGCUGGCAAAAGCGACUUAACAGAUGUUUCCAUGGUGUAAUUAAAAUUGUGUUAUGUAAUAUCUUUAUUAAAAAAAUACAUACAACAUGUCUGUCAGUUUUAAAACAGGAUGAGACCGGCAGUAACGACAUCACCUACUGAUUAGACCAAAGCACUGACUCUCUGGAUCCUGAUUUGCCUCUCCCUUGCUACCCUUCUAUCCCAGGCAUAUCCUAUUGCGUGCUUUGUGUCAUUAUUGGCUUUUCUAUGUAAUUUUACAUGUAAAACUAAUCUUAUCUCUAUGAAUGCUUAAGCAGUAUAUAGUUAGUCUUGUAUAGCUUAUAGCUUUGUAAGAAUGAUACUGUAUUCUAGACAUCUACAACUUGAUAUUUUAAUUUAACUUUAUAAUCAACCCAUGUUUUACCAUAAAUAAAUAUGUUCCCAAAUAAUUUAUUACUUAGA